AUGUCAUCAGGAUAUGAUGAUUGGAAACACGCUGCAAGAGACUUAGCUCGCCAUGAAACAAGUGAAACCCACAUUCAAUCAAUUGAAACCCUUUUAACACGUAGGAAAGCUGGAGAGCACAUUAGUAAGAGGCUCACAGAGCAAUUUGAAUCAGAGAAAAAGUACUGGAAUGACAUACUGUUGCGUAUUCUUACCGUAAUCAAAAUGUUAGCAUCGCGUGGGUUGUCAUUCCGUGGCAGUAACGAAAUUAUGGGUUCUGUCCACAAUGGAAAUUAUUUAGGUUGCUUAGAGCUAGUGGCUGAGUUUGACCCAUUGCUUGCAGAAAAUAUUCAGAAAAGAGCAAACAAAGGCCGAGGUCAUGUGUCAUAUCUGUCAUCAACUAUAUGUGAUGAAUUUAUUCAUGUGUUAAGUCGUGACGUUUUGGACCACAUUUUAACUGAAAUUAAAGAAGCAAAAUACUUUGCAGUUAGUGUUGACUCAACACCAGAUUUUUCACAUGUAGAUCAGCUUACCACUUACACUCCGUUACAUAACUUCUAA